UGUCUUUUCUAUUUCGGCCAGUUCAUUAUUCACGCAUUUUUCGGGGGAAAGCAUAUUCUCUUCUGAAAAAAGAACGCUUUUCUUUUUUUUCUCUUUCUUGCAAAAAAUUCUUUCUCUUGCUCCUUUCUUGUUUUUUUUGCUGGGUCUCCCCUCGACAAGUCCUCUCUGCAGAUGCUCCCGAUUCCCUCCUGAGUCCCCAAAGUCGGGUCCUCCCCCUUCUCCCUGUACGAAUGCUCUGUAAUUGCACAGGCGUCUCUCGCCAGGUCUCGCCCGCAAGUCCUGGACUUCAUCCAUACAAAGUCGCGAUUUUUCUGACGUGAACGGAUCUUCCUCCUCUGCCCAUUCGUACCCUUUUCCUUAGCUAGCAAGACAAUCCGCUCCCAAGUUUUUUUAAUUCUUUAUAAUCCUCUCUCUCUGUGUCUCUCCUCUGAAAUUCAGUUCCUCUGUUCUUGAAAUCUCUUGUGGCGUGAUCUUUUCUCGCCACGACCGUCUCCAUUUGCGCAGCCAUGGACGACGUGAAAGAUAAAGUCAAGGGGUUCAUGAAGAAAGUCAACAACCCUUUCUCCGGCGCCUCCUCCACCGGCAAAUUCAAGGGCCAAGGCAGAGUCUUGGGCUCGUCUUCGUCUGGUCCCACCAAUCCGAUCCCUGCACGCCCUCCUCCUCAAUCCGUCCAGAGUCAGCCGAAUCCACCCCCACCUCAAGUCAGUAAUCCUAGACCUUCUCAGCCCCCUAAAGCCGCUGUUCCCGAUCGGGGCAAGCUCGUCUCCGCGCGUAAUGCGGAGCCGGAUCGGAAGCCGGUUAACGGGUUCGAUCCGUUCGGUUCUCUUAUCACUACUGGGAAGAGAUCUCAGAAUGGGUAUUCAUUGAACAUUGUGGAGUGCCCCAUUUGCAAUAGAUCUUUCCAGUCUGAAGAGGAAGUUUCUGAACAUGUGGAUAGCUGUGUUGCUGAAAGUCGGGUCGAGUAUGAUAAUGAAGUCGGUGCGCAGGGUUUGCCAAGUGAUGAAGCGGAGGGGAGGAGUGAACUGGAGGCCUGCGUUGGCACUUUUGUGUCAGCGAAGCCGCCGGAGAGUUCGGUCGAUGUCGUGCUUAAGUUGUUUAGGAAUAUAGCUAGGGAACCGGAAAAUGCAAAGUUUAGAAGGGUAAGAUUGAGCAAUCCUAAGAUUAAGGAAGCAAUUGGAGAUGUUGCAGGGGUUGAGUUGUUGGAGUUUGUCGGGUUCCAGUUAAAAGAAGAGGAUGGGGAGAUGUGGGCCAUGAUGGAUCAACCUGGCGAGGAGCAAAUACGGUUAGUUAAUAGGGCUGUGGUUUUACUGGAACCGAAGAAGUUUGAAGAAAGUAAAAGAUUGAUGAUGCCCUGCAGUGGUCCUUCCAUAGUCGACAAACCAAUGGAAAAGGAGAGAUCGAUAGGCAGGUUUAUUCGGGUGUUCUUUUCCGUGCCAGAAAAUAUAGCGGCGAAAAUUGAGCUACCGGCUUCUUUCUAUAAUCUUUCAAUGGAUGAGGUGAGACGAGAAGCAGAGAUGAGGAAGAAGAAGAUGGCGGAGUCUCAGCUUUUGAUCCCCAAGUCAUACAGGGAAAAGCAGCUGAAGGCCGGAAGGAAGAGGUACACCAGAACCAUCAUCCGUGUUCAGUUUCCAGAUGGUGUGGUUCUUCAAGGUGUCUUUGCUCCUUGGGAGCUAACAGGUUCUUUAUAUGAGUUUGUAAACUCAGCUCUCAAGGACCCCUGCCUGGAGUUCGAGCUGAUGCAUCCCGUGCUCAUCAAACGGCGAGUGAUCCCACAUUCCCCUGAGCCCGGCCAAAGAGCGACAACUCUCGAUGACGAGGAUCUGGUCCCUUCGGCUCUCAUCAAGUUCAGACCCGUUGAAACUGAUUCCGUGGUCUUCACCGGACUCCGGAACGAACUCCUCGAAAUCAGUGAACCCCUUCAGUAGUCCCAACACCCGGAAUCCCGAAAAUUCGCCUCGACCCACUUGCAGGCAGCUGCCUGUGUCGCCGCUCCAGAUUUGCCUGCUCUCGAAGGUGUAGCGAGUUCAUGUGUUAUCGUAUGCGCUUUGCUUUGUUACAGACAUAGUUGUUUGUACGUGAUCCUUGGUGGAGGAUGAUGGCGUCAUAAUCGUGUACAGACCAAAAAUCCUACCUCAACUCAACAUUUUGUAUUUACCAAGAAAUCACUGUUCGGUGUAAGAUGCAGCCGAUUCAUUUGGGUGGAUAUACGAGAGCCGAGAGCCAAACGCUAAAAACUUCCCAUUCCCAUUGUAAUGGAUAAGAUAUUCUGACUUGGAAGAAGAAAAAAGAGUCUGUCUUAUUGCUCUGCUGUAUACUCCAAAAACUCUAAUUUGGCUUCAAUUUAGUUCUCAAUUACUCGGAUUGUUCGAUUA